AUGUGGGGCGGUCUGGAGACCGCGGAAUGGGGCAAAGACUGCGAGAGGAUGAGGUGUUUUUUUGUGUGUCACGUGCGUCUUUUUGCCUACAGCCUGAUUGGUGGAAAGAGAUCUCUGGUGGGAAAAGAGCGCAGAAACAGAGGGCCUCCAACAGUCUCCAAAGGUGUCUUGGAGAGCGUUGGAAGUGAUUGUGUGUGCAAGCACAAGAUUUUAGGGAAAAUGACAUUUAUUGAGUUUAUGGACGGCACCAAAGCCUAA